AUUCCGGAAAGAGCCAAUGGAUCACGUUCGCUACGUGUCCAAUGCUGAGUUACUUCACUGCAAGCGUUAAUGUCAUUGGCUCGAGAUCUAUCCGACCAGAUUUCUUCCGAUUCGAAAGAAUAUCUUAGCCUUCCUCCCACAAUUAAUUCCCAAUUUCAGUCACUUUUCCUCCUAACAACACAAAGAGAGAAGAAAAUGGCAGCAGCAGCGGCCGGCGCAGCCACAAGCACAGCAUGCGCAGUUUCAAACCGGCUCGCGGGGUUCUCCAGAGGCCACAUUGGGGGACGACCCGCGGGGCUCCGAAACAGAAACAGGAAUGGGUUGUUCCACUGCCGAGUAGUCGCCAUGGCAGCUGUGAAGAAAUCAUGGAUACCGGGCGUCAGGGGCGGAGGAAACCUGGUCGAUCCAGAAUGGCUUGAUGGCUCGCUUCCGGGCGACUAUGGGUUCGACCCGCUAGGGCUAGGGCGAAAUCCGAACCAGCUGAAAUGGUACAGAGAGGCGGAACUCAUACACGGGCGGUGGGCAAUGACGGCUGUGGUGGGGAUUUUUGUGGGUCAGGCGUGGAGUGGCGUUCCCUGGUUCGAAGCAGGGGCACAGCCAGAGGCUUUGGCGCCCUUUUCAUUUGGGACCCUACUGGGGACUCAGUUGCUGCUCAUGGGGUGGGUUGAGGGCAAGCGCUGGGUCGAUUUCUUCAACCCUGAGUCGCAGUCGGUGGAAUGGGCCACACCAUGGUCGAGGACCGCUGACAAUUUUGCCAACGCCACCGGUCAGCAGGGGUACCCUGGUGGUAAGUUCUUCGACCCUCUUUGCCUUGCAGGGGAGAUCCAAAAUGGGAAGUAUGUUCCUGAUCCGGAUAAAUUGGAGCGUCUUCAGUUGGCUGAAAUCAAACAUGCCCGGCUUGCCAUGGUUGCUAUGCUUAUAUUUUACUUUGAGGCCGGUCAAGGCAAAACUCCCCUCUCUGCCCUUGUACUCUGAUUUCUCAGCCUUUCAUGGGACAUCUCUGUUUUUGUGAUAGGAAUUGCCCUGAUUGCUAAGAGUAUCUUGCACAUUGUUUCCAUAAAUUUUAGCUUAGAUUGAUUGGUGGCUGUAACUCAUGCCAUCACUUCUUAGAAAUUGCAGCAUUUGGUGUAUGGAAUCUCUCAGUCUCUAGCCCAUAGCAUGUACUAUACAGCUGAGAAUGAUAUGCCCUGUUCAUGAACUCAGAGACAGUAUCUAUCCAUUGUGGGAUGAAAUCUAAGUGGGCUCUUCUUUAAUUAAGGAUAUUAAAUUUUGAAUUUGAAAGUUUCUGAA